AUGGUGUCUUUAAAGAUACCAAUUGUAAUCUUAAUUACCUUUAUUGGUAUUUUAUUUUUAUUUUCACCAAAUUCAAAAAUUUUAAAUGAAAAUUUACAAAAUAAGCAAUUACAACCAAAUCAACAAAAUAAUCGACAUUUAAGUAAUGUUGUUGUAAACAAUGAUGAAGAAAUCCAAACAUCAAAUCAAUUAUUGGGAACAGUAUUCACUACCCACAUGGGUGACUCAAAUAAACAAUCAUCGGCGUUUACAUCGUCACCACCACCACCAAAUAAAAAAGGUGAAAAUGUAGUUGUUAUUGAUGAUAGUGGAAAAAUUAAAAUUCCAUUGAAAUUAAUAAAUAUAUUUCCAUCAGCAACAAUUGGAGCGGAUGGAAGUGUUGAGAAAUUAAUAUUGAGUAAUUUCGACCCAAUCACCAUAUUAUUCAAUAGACCAGUGGUUGAAUUGGGUACAAUUUCCAAUUACUCACCAUUCACAUUGAAAUGUUUGGGAAGUUCAUCUGUACCCAAUGGCCAAUUUAGAUGGGUAACGACAUCGAUUGCAAGAUUUGAUAUCCAAGGUAAUGGCUGGCCAUCAAAUUUAAAUUGUACAUUCUCUGUAAAUUCAAAUAUCAGAUGUUAUGAUGGUACGAGAUUAUCAAAUGAAUCAUCAAGUACACCAACAUCAAUCACUUUUACAACACCACAACCAACAAUUACAAUCCAUGAAGUUAUCUCUGAGAAAACUUUAAAUUUUACAAAUAAUUAUUGGAGAUCUUCUUAUUAUCUCAAUGAUAAAGUUUAUUAUGAAAUACCACCUGAUGCUAAAAUUAAAUUCUUUUUUAAUGAACAAAUUGAUUCAAAUUAUAUUUCAAAAUCAUUAGUUGCUUAUCAAUUUAUAAAUCAAUCAUUAAAUAAUAAUAGUAGUAGUAGUAGGAGUGAUAAUCAAAGAAAACCAAUUCCAUAUAAAGUUAUAACUUGUCCAAAUACAACAACUAUAUUUCCUGGAUUUCAUAGUGAAUUUAUAUAUUAUCCAAAUGGUAAUAAUAAUAAUAAUAAUAAUAGAAGAGAAAAUUAUUAUUUAUGUAUUGAAUUUAAUGAUAAUAAAUCAUUGAUGGUUGGAAAAUUUUAUAGAUUCGAAUUUAAAAAAGGUACAAAAAUAAAUGACAAAUCUGGUGUAUUAAAGGAAUCAACAAUUAUUGAUUUCACAGGUCUAAAACAAUUUUCAUUUGAUUUUAAUAAUGAUGUUUUAUCAAGUGUAAUUCAAAAAUUGGCUAUUAGACAUGGUCUUUCUAAAGGUAUUACAUCUUUGAAAUUGGCAUCAACAAUUUCAAUUUAUCCAACUCCAACAACAACAUCAACAUCGGCACCAUUACAAUUUACAAGUAAAUUAAAUAAAGAAGAUUCAUCAUUCUUAAUUCAUAUAAUUGGUUUAAAAUAUGGUGUGAAUUAUACAAUUAAAGUUAGUAGUAAUAAAGAUAUAACCGAUUGUUGGGGAUUACCAUUGAUUGGUAAUAGUUGGAAUUUUACAAUGGCAAUGGUUUCAUCAUUUCAGACAUCAUAUGAUGCUUAUGAUUUUCAAACUAAAAUUGAAAAGAGUGAUGAUAAAAUAAAAGAAGAAGAUGUUGGUGAUACUUCAACAACCACAACAACAAAUAAUAGUAAAGAUAAACAAGAUCAUCAGCAGCAACAACCACCAUCACCAACAUCAUUACCACCAAUAAAUGAUUUUAUAAUAUUUCAUCAAAAUUUAUAUAGUAGUAAUAAUAAUAUUGGAAAUGAAAAGUGUAAACCAGCAGGACCACAUAAGAUAUCAGGUUAUCCAAUAACAAAGUCAAAUUUGAAACAAGCAUUGAAAUCAUUUGUAAAUGGUAAGAAUUUGAUGAAACAAAAUUUAAUGAACUCUAUGGUAUUGGAAGAACCAACUUCAACAAAUUUUUAUAAUAGUUCAUUAGAUAGUAAAUCAUUAUGGAAACAAUCUGGUGUUUAUUUGGAAUUACAAACAUUGGGUCAUAAUUAUGAUUGUGAACCACAGUAUCGUUUAAAUUUCAUAUCAAGUACCGAUGUUGGUGUAUCAAUACUAGUAUCGUCAUCAAAUUCAAUUGGUUGUUGGGUAACACGUUUAUCAGAUGGUUCAAAUGUAAAGAAUGCAUCCGUUAGUUUAUAUCAGAUAGUUGAUAGUAUAAAAGUACCCAAUGAAAGAGAUAUCGUUUUGGUUGGUGGCGCUUCAAAGAAAACUUCAAAUUUAGGUACAGUUGAUUUUAAAACUAAUAAUGCCAAUGGUAUCGUUGUGGUUGAAUAUGAUGGUGGAUCGAAAUUGUAUAUCGCCAAAACCGAUUCAAUCCUAUAUACAUACAAUUCCGUACCCUAUAGUACAAAAAGUUCAGCCGUAAUUGUAACUGAUAGAAAACUUUAUAAUGCUGGUGAAAAAAUCAAUUGUAAAGUCUAUAUGAGCGGCGAUUACAAUAGAUAUCGUUUCACACUCUCAAUCACUUGGACAAUUUUAAAUAGUGUUAGGGAAUUCUCUCAAGAGAUUGAUGUUGACGAUGAUUAUGGCACUUCCAAUAUAACAAUUGAUAUACCAGAUCAAGUUUCAAUGGGACCUUACACAAUAUUAGUUCAAGGUAAAGAUACAAAUUCCGAUUCUGGUUCUGAUGUUUACUUUUAUGGUGAUAUUUUAAUUAGUGAUCCACGUAUACCAUCUGGUUUAAUUGAUAUCAAACAAAAUAAAAGAUUUAUUCAAUUAAAUGUUGCUGGUAAAAAGAAUGCUCAUGGUGGUGGCGAUGAUGAUGAUGAUGAUGAUGAUCAAUCACUUGAAACAAGUUUUAAUAUUCAAACUACAACUUAUUUAGGUACACCAUUACCAAAUAAAAAUGUUACAAUUGUUUGUAUCUUCAGUAGAAAUUCAAUUGAUUCAUCAAGAUCUUUAGGUUUUAUCUCAUCAAAAUCAAUCACUACAGAUAAUUCAGGAUUGGCAACAUUAACAUUUGAUUUUUCAAAUACACAAUUAAAAGAUGGUGAUGUUUUCGUUUGUACUGGUAGUUAUUUAGAUUCAACUGGAUCUUUAAUUAAAGAGGAUCCAUUGUAUGUCUAUGCAUUGACAACAGAAUAUCGUUUAGAGGUUCAAACUGAUACGAUUUUCUUUGGUUAUCCAUCAAGUGCAUCCGCUUCAUUGAUUAAUCAAACAUCUGGUCUUGAAAUUUCAAAUAUAACAAUUGAGUUGAAAUUAAUUUCAACAGAUUCAUCAAUUGAUUUAACUUCAACCUCAACUUCAACAAACAAUGAUUUUAAAGUUAUUAAAAAUUCAAUUUAUAAUAUUUGGGACAAAAAUAUUCCACCGCCAUUAGAUAAAUCAAAUAGUUUAAUUAUUGGUGAUUUAACUUCAAACAAACUUUCAAAUGACAUGUUAAAAAGUGGUGGAACAUCAUGCAGAUUUAAAUCAAAUUCCAUUACUGAUGUAGGCCAAUCAAAUUGUUUUGUUGUUUUACCAUCUUCAUCAUCAUCUCAAAAUUUAAAUUAUUAUCUUUUGGCAACUGUUGUUUUACCAGGUAAUAAUAAUGGUGGUGGUGGUGGUGGUAAGAUAAUGACAAAACUUUAUAAAUACAAAAUCGAUUCGAAAUCAAUAUUUUCACCACCCCAGAAUUUAUUAACCUAUAAUGAAAAGAAUGAAUAUUUACCAAGUGAAACCAUUAAUAUUCGUUAUUAUAAUCCAUUCAAAAGUGGUACAUUCACCUUAAGAUAUGGGUGUGGUAAUACAAAUACAUGGAGACAAAUAUCAAACAAAUCACAUGGUUUCCAAACUUUAUCAAUAAAAAUUCCAACUGGUUGUGAAUCUAAAAGAUUAUCAGUUGUUGGUGUUUUAGUUGGUAAUAAAUAUUCUUUUAAAUUAUCAGCGACUCAAACUACAUCAUUGACAACUUUUGAUGCAUCAAGACCAAAUCCUCAAAUCAUUUCUAAAUCUUUUCAAAUUAAAGAUCUUCCAAAAAUGAAUAUUUCAAUUUAUUUUGAUAAACAAAAUAAAAUCUAUCAACCAGCUGGAAAUGUAUCAUUUACAAUUGAAAUUAAUGAUCCAGGAACAAACUCACCAAUUAAUGAACAAGUUGAAGCUUGUGUCAUGAUUGUUGAUAAAAGAAAUUAUGAUAUCUAUGCUAAUCCAAUCGCAAAUGGUGAUCAACUUUUAUUCGAUAGUCUUUAUAACUCGGUUUCAGAUUCACGUUUCAAUUUAAUUCAUAAUUAUGGUGAAAUGUUGGCAGUUGUAAAUAGAAUUUUAGAUUUUGAUAGAUGGGGUUACUUUUAUUGGUCAAAGAAUUUAGAUUUAACAAGUAGUAUAGCAAAUUAUUUUCAAUAUAGUAAUCAAUGGUUAACCGAACCAAAUUAUGGUGGUGGUGGAAGUUUCCAAUAUUUUUCAAAAGGUUUUAAUGGUGGUGGACCAAUCGCUGCUGAAUCAAGACAAUCAGAUGAUUCAGCAACACGAACUCCAACACCUUCACCUACAAAUGGUUUACCAAUUAAUACAAACUUUAAAACUACACCAUUAUUUAUUGGUAAAACAAUUGUUGAAAAUGGUCGUGCUAAUAUUGGAUUCAAAUUACCAGAUGAUUUAACAACAUUUAUUGUUAGAGUUUAUGCUAUAACAAAGACACAUAAACUUUAUUCAAAAGAAUCAAGCUUAAUCUCAAGAAAAGAUAUUAAUAUGAUUAGUUUUUCACCAAGAUUCGUUAGAACCGGUGAUAAAUUUGAAGCUGGUGUUAGUAUAACACGUAUUGAUCAAGGUAUUGAUGUUUCAGAUUUAAGAGUAAUUGCAAAAUAUAAAGAAGCAUGCAUUGAAUUUGGUCCAACAAAGGUUAAUCAAGUUCAACAAAAACAAGAUAUUAUAUUUAGUGAAGAUAGUAAAACCUCAGUUAAUAUUGUUUUCCCAUUGGUUGCAAAAUAUCAAUGUAAUGCAGUUGUCUUUUUCUUUUUAGAACAAAAAUCUUCUGGUAAGAUAUUGAAUGGUGUAACAUCGGAAUUCUCUGUACUUGGUAAACAAUCACCACUAUAUAUUGGUACAAGUUUCGAAGUUAAAGCAAAUUCAACCUCGGCUGAAUUCUUAACAUUACCUCAAAGUGAAGGUGGUAUUGGUAGUUUGAAAAUGACUGUUGGUGUUGGUAACUAUCCAAUUGUUGAAGAGAAAUGUUUAAAUCUAUUAUCAAUUUCAAAGAAACGAUUACCUUCAUCAGUUGAUUUAUUAUCACAACAAGUUACAUUUGGUGCAUUAUCUGCCUAUAGUUAUAAUUCAACAUUGAUUGUCAAAUCACAACAAGUACUUGAAAGUGUAAAUGAUGGAUUCUACGUUUACACUCGUUCAAACGGAAUUUCAUGGUACCCACAAGGUAAUCCUGAACUAUAUCCAACAUUGUAUGCAGUGGUUCUAAAAUCUUUAAUGGAUGCAACAAAUACAGCAGGUUGGUCAAUAAUGUCAAAUAUUUCAACUUGGAAUGAUUUCAUUGAUUUUCAAGUUAAUGCUCAAUUGAGCCAAUCAAUUAAAUCAAAAACACCAAUUAAUAAAGAAUUGAUUGGUUUAGCAUCAGUUGGUCUUGGUUAUUAUUGGGCACCAAAAGAUGAAGAAUUAAAUGAUCUAUAUUCAUUUAAUGCUUUAACUGCCAAUAUCACUGAUAACUGUUCAUUACUUUGUCAAACUUAUUUCGCAUUGGCUGCAUUAAUCCAAGGUGAACCAUCAUCUUCACAAUUCAUUGGAGUGGUAGUAAAUAACUUAAAGAAUAAAAUUCAUAUUCAAGGUAGAACAGCCUAUAUUAGUGAUGAUUCAAGAGUUGGUCAAUCAAAUUCAAAUAUCUUAGAUUUAACAAAUUAUGCUUCCAUUUUAUUCUCUUUAAGAAAAGAUCCUGAUACUCAACCAAUUUUAUCGAAAAUGAUUAAUUUCAUUAGUGUCGAUGGCCAACUAUCUCAAGUAAUAUUGUCACAACAACGUCCUUAUAUUUUUGGUAUAUCUUCACAACAAGAAGCAUUAUCAUUAAUUUCAAUUACAUUCUAUGAUAAAUCAAAUAAAAAUCAAUCACCAAAUCUUAAGUUUAAAGCUUAUCAAAAUCCAAUAACAAAAUCAUCACCACCUCCACCAAUCUUAUUAGCAUAUAAUUUCACAACAAAUACUAGUGCAGAAAAUGUUGAAAAACAAAUCCCAUACUCUUCUUUAAUUAGCAAUAAAACGGUUUUUUUCAGUUCCAUUGGUAAUGGCCAAGUUUCAGUUGCAGUUGGUAUUGAUUAUACACCAGUUAAUAUUCCAAAUAAACCAAUUUACAAUGGAUUUUAUGUUGAGAAAAUCAUUAAAGAUAUUAGUGGUGUUGGUGUUAGCAGUGAUAAUAAUAAUAAUAAUAAUAAUAAUAAUAAUAAUAAUAAUAAUAAUAAUAAUAAUAAUAAUAAUAAUAAUAAUAAUAAUAAUAAUAAUAAUAAUAAUCCUCGUGAAUUUUAUCGUGGUCAAGAAGUAAUGGUAAUUUUAUCAGUUACAGUUCCUGAUUUUAUGAAUGAUGUUUUCAUUGAAGAUCCAGCAAGUGGUGGUAUAGAUCCAAUUGAUAAUAACAUUGAUAAUAGUGGUUCAGGUUCAAACCCAAUACCUUAUCAACGUCACUUAAAAUUAUCAAACUAUCAAAAUGAUCUAAUUAAUAAUGAUCGUUUAAUUUGGUUCUAUCAACCAUUUUCACAUCGUGAAACUAGACGUGAUAAAGUUAUUUACCAAGGUUCAAGUAUUUCACCUGGUUCUUAUCAAGUUAGUUAUAAAUGUAUUGUUACAAGUAAAGGUAGUUUCACUAUGCCUCCAACAAAAGUAUAUUCUUCAACUCAACCUGAAGUAUUUGGUACUUCAAAUGGUUUCACUUAUACAGUUGUUUAA